GCUGGCGGCCGGCGGGGGUCGCGGCGGCGGAGGCGGCGGCGGCGGCGGCAGCGCUGGCGGACUGGGCUCGGGCUCGGAGCUCGAAGACAAGAUGGCGGCGGCGCUCAGGAGCCCGGCCUCCUCCUCCUCCUCGCCGCUCUCCGCCCUGCCGCUCGCCGCCUCCUCCUCCGCCGUCUCCUCCUCCUCCUCCUCGUGCAGCAGCACCAGCGAGCGCCGCGGCGCCGGGCCGCUCUCCCGGAGCUCGGGAGGGGGCUAGACCGGUCCGCGGGCGCGCAGGCGACGAGGCCGAAGCUGGGGCCGGGGCGGGGACGGCGGCGGCGGCGGCGGCGACGCCGGGUGGGGAUGGGGUCGCAGACGCUGCAGAUCCUCCGGCAGGGGGUGUGGGCCGCGCUCAGCGGCGGCUGGUACUACGACCCGCACCAGGCCACCUUCGUGAACGCGCUCCACCUCUACCUGUGGCUCUUUCUGCUCGGCCUGCCCUUCACGCUUUACAUGGCCCUUCCCUCCUCGAUGAUUAUAGUAGCAGUGUAUUGUCCUGUGGUAGCUGCUGUUUUCAUUAUUUUGAAGAUGGUCAACUAUCGACUCCACAGAGCACUUGAUGCCGGGGAAAUUGUAGAUAGGAGUGCAAAGGAGUUCACAGAUCAGCGAGCCAAAGCCGAACAAGGCAACUGUUCAACAAGGAGGAAGGACAGCAACGGUCCAAGUGACCCUGGAGGAGGGAUUGAGAUGUCAGAAUUCAUUCGGGAGGCCACACCUCCGGUUGGCUGCAGUUCAAGAAAUUCUUAUGCUGGUCUAGACCCAAGCAAUCAGAUUGGAUCUGGAUCCUCUCGACUUGGAACAGCAGCAACUAUUAAAGGAGACACGGACACUGCUAAGACCUCUGAUGACAUAAGUUUGAGUCUGGGCCAGAGUUCUAGUCUUUGUAAAGAAGGAAGUGAAGAACAAGAUUUGGCGACUGAUCGCAAGCUCUUCCGCCUGGUCUCCAAUGAUUCCUUCAUUUCUAUUCAGCCAUCCUUGUCCUCUUGUGGACAGGAUUUACCAAGGGACUUCAGUGACAAAGUGAGCCUGCCAAGUCAUAGCCAGCACCACCGUGUUGAUCAGUCACUGUGCAGUGCCUGUGACACAGAAGUGGCUUCUCUUGUACCUUUACAUUCGCACUCUUAUAGGAAGGAGCACCGACCACGAGGAGUGCCACGGACUUCCAGCUCUGCCGUGGCUUUUCCUGACGCAUCACUGAGUGGCCUCCCUCUUUAUCAGCAGCAGCAGAGACGGGGGUUAGACCCUGUUACUGAGUUAGACUCAUCUAAGCCUCACUCAGGCACUCGAGAGUCCUCAGCGGGCAAGUCCUGCCCUCCGGCACAGUCUCAGCCUGCUGCUGACAGAAGAAAAAGUAGCUCCCAGCCACCUACAAAGUGUGGGAAGAGCAGGGCGCUGAAUGCGGAAAAGAGUGUGGACAGUCUCAGGAGCCUGAGCACGCGGAGUAGCGGGUCCACCGAGAGCUACUGCAGUGGGACCGACAGGGACACCAACAGCACCCUCAGCAGCUAUAAAAGUGAGCAGACCAGCUCCACUCACAUCGAGAGCAUCUUGUCUGAGCAUGAGGAAUCUCCUAAAGUGGGAGACAAGAGUGCCCGGAAGAGAGAGUGCGGUGCUGACUCAGUGGAAGAGAGGAGCCAUCGGGCUGAUGACCGAAGGACUAGCAGUGACAAGACUGCCCCAGAGGGAAACACACCUGCUGGGCCUCCCGAGGCUCCAGAUGCUCAGGCAUCUGAGGAGAUGGCUGACCAGGCUGCUCCCAGCAGCUCUGCAUCAGAAGAUGCCAAUAAAAACCCCCAUGCAAAUGAGUUUACUGUGCCUGGCGACAGGCCGCCUGAGCAGAGUGCAGAGAGCAAAGAGGAGCAGAGCGAGAAGCCCAGCCUGGCCACCGACUCCAGAGUUUGUAAAGACGAUGGUGGGAAGCAGAAGGAAGGAGAUGUCCGGCCCAAAUCCUCCAGCUUAAUCCACCGGACAACUUCUGCCCACAAGCCAGGCAGGAGGCGCACAGGAAAGAAACGGGCCAGCAGUUUUGAUUCUAGUCGCCAUAGGGACUAUGUUUCCUUUCGAGGAGUCUCUGGAACCAAGCCGCACAGUGCUGUAUUUGGUCAUGACGAGGAUUCUAGUGAUCAAAGCGACUUGAGCAGAGCUCCCAGUAUUCAUUCGGCUCACCAGUUCAGCAGCGACAGCUCUUCCAGUGCCACGUCUCAUUCCUGCCAGUCUCCCGAGGGCAAAUACGGUGCCCUCAAGACCAAACAUGGCCAUAGGGACCGGGGCACAGACUCAGACCACACGCACAGAGCUCAUCCAGGCCCUGAGGGAACCACCAAAAAGAGGGCCUCUCGGAGGACUUCCAGCACAAGUAGUGCCAAGACGCGGGCUCGGGUGCUGAGCUUGGAUAGUGGCACUGUGGCCUGUUUGAAUGACUCAAACAGGCUGCUGGCACCGGACAGUAUGAAGCCCUUAACCACUUCAAAGUCAGAUCUUGAGGCCAAAGAGGGAGAGGUGCUGGAUGAGCUGUCUUUACUGGGCCGGGCUUCCCAGCUAGAGACGGUCACACGCUCCAGGAAUAGUUUGCCAAGCCAGGUUGCAUUUCCUGAAGGGGAAGAGCAGGAUGCAGCCACUGGAGCAGCACAGGCCAGCGAGGAGGCAGUGGCCUUUCGCCGUGAACGCAGCACAUUUAGGCGCCAGGCAGUACGGCGCCGGCACAAUGCAGGGAGUAACCCUACCCCUCCUACCUUGCUCAUCGGAUCGCCCCUAAGCCUUCAAGAUGGUCAGCAAGGCCAGCAGUCCACAGCCCAGGUCAAGGUCCAGUCCCGCCCCCCAUCCCAGGCUGCAGUGCUCAGUGCUAGUGCCUCCUUGCUGGUGAGAAAAGGGAGUGUCCACUUAGAAGCCUCACAUGACCAUGCAUCUGCCGUAGGCGGUAGCAGUUUGCACGAUGAACUUGGUAAGUUCUCGUCCACCCUCUAUGAGACGGGCGGCUGUGACAUGUCACUGGUGAACUUCGAACCAGCAGCAAGAAGAGCGUCCAAUAUCUGUGACACGGAUUCUCAUGUAUCAAGUUCUACCUCAGUUCGAUUUUAUCCACAUGAUAUGCUUUCUCUCCCACAGAUUCGGUUGAAUAGACUGUUGACCAUUGACACAGAUCUCUUGGAGCAGCAGGACAUUGACCUAAGCCCUGACUUGGCAGCCACUUAUGGCCCCACAGAAGAAGCUGCCCAAAAAGUUAAACACUAUUACCGCUUUUGGGUCCUGCCCCAGCUGUGGAUUGGCAUCAACUUUGACAGACUCACUCUGUUGGCACUGUUUGAUAGAAACCGUGAGAUCCUGGAGAAUAUAUUAGCUGUUGUCCUGGCUAUUCUUGUGGCUUUUUUGGGGUCCAUCCUUCUCAUCCAAGGCUUCUUCAGAGACAUCUGGGUGUUCCAGUUCUGCCUGGUGAUCGCCAGCUGCCAGUACUCGCUACUCAAGAGUGUUCAGCCUGAUUCUUCCUCUCCUAGACAUGGUCAUAAUCGUAUUAUUGCCUACAGUAGACCAGUUUACUUCUGUUUAUGUUGUGGUCUCAUUUGGCUCUUGGAUUAUGGCAGCAGAAACCUAACCACAAGCAAGUUCAAGUUAUAUGGAGUAACCUUCACCAACCCGCUGGUGCUUCUGUCGGCCAGGGACUUGGUUAUAGUGUUUACACUCUGUUUCCCAAUAGUAUUUUUCAUUGGUCUCCUGCCUCAGGUGAACACGUUUGUAAUGUACCUUUGUGAACAAUUGGAUAUCCAUAUCUUUGGUGGGAAUGCCACCACCAGCCUGCUGGCAGCACUGUACAGUUUCCUGUGCAGCAUUGUGGCCGUCGCCUUGCUGUAUGGGUUGUGCUACGGAGCAUUAAGGGAUUCCUGGGAUGGCCAGCACGUUCCUGUGCUUUUCUCUGUCUUCUGUGGUUUGUUGGUGGCAGUGUCCUAUCACCUCAGCCGACAGAGCAGUGACCCGUCUGUGCUCUUCUCUUUGAUGCAAUCCAAGAUUUUUCCCAAAGCUGACGAGAAGAACCCAGAAGACCCUCUGUCUGAGGUGAAAGACCCUCUCCCAGAGAAGCUCAGCAACUCUGUUAGUGAGCGCUUACAGUCCGACCUGGUAGUGUGUGUCAUUAUUGGUGUGCUGUAUUUCGCUAUUCAUGUGAGCACAGUGUUCACGGCAUUGCAGCCUGCUCUCAAGUACGUGCUGUACGCGCUGGUUGGUGUUGUGGGGCUUGUAACCCAUUAUGUGCUGCCUCAGGUGAGGAAGCAGCUCCCCUGGCACUGCUUCUCCCGGCCUCUGCUGAGGACAGCCGAGCACAGUCAGUAUGAAGUCCGAAAUGCAGCCACUAUGAUGUGGUUCGAAAAACUUCAUGUGUGGCUUCUUUUUGUGGAGAAGAAUAUCAUCUAUCCACUGAUUGUCCUCAACGAGCUUAGCAGCAGUGCAGAGACAAUUGCCAGCCCAAAGAAACUAGAUACAGAGUUGGGUGCUUUGAUGAUUACCAUCGCUGGCCUGAAGCUGCUACGCUCUUCCUUCAGCAGCCCCACGUACCAGUACAUCACCGUCAUCUUCACUGUGCUCUUUUUCAAGUUUGACUAUGAAGCCUUCUCAGAGACGAUGCUGCUGGACCUCUUCUUCAUGUCCAUCCUGUUCAGCAAGCUUUGGGAACUCCUCUACAAGCUGCAGUUCGUGUACACCUAUGUCGCUCCCUGGCAGAUCACGUGGGGCUCUGCGUUCCAUGCUUUCGCUCAGCCCUUUGCAGUGCCCCACUCGGCCAUGCUCUUUGUCCAGGCGAUAGUGUCGGCCUUCUUCUCCACGCCACUAAACCCCUUCCUGGGCAGCGCCAUAUUCAUCACUUCCUAUGUUAGGCCUGUCAAGUUCUGGGAGAGAGACUACAACACAAAACGUGUAGACCAUUCAAAUACCAGAUUGGCUUCUCAGCUUGAUAGAAAUCCAGGGUCGGAUGACAACAAUUUGAAUUCUAUCUUCUAUGAACACUUAACCAGAUCUCUGCAGCACAGUCUCUGUGGCGACCUGCUCCUAGGACGGUGGGGAAACUAUAGUACUGGGGACUGCUUCAUCCUUGCCUCCGACUAUCUCAACGCCUUAGUACACCUCAUAGAGAUAGGCAAUGGCCUGGUCACUUUCCAGCUGCGGGGACUUGAAUUCAGAGGUACCUACUGUCAGCAGCGGGAAGUGGAAGCCAUCACUGAAGGAGUAGAAGAAGACGAAGGGUUUUGCUGUUGUGAGCCUGGCCAUGUUCCGCACGUGCUGUCCUUUAACGCUGCGUUUGGGCAGCGCUGGCUGGCCUGGGAAGUGGUUGUCACUAAGUACAUUCUAGAGGGCUAUAGCAUCACUGACAACAGUGCUGCUUCCAUGCUCCAAGUCUUUGACCUUCGCCGAGUUCUUACCACCUACUAUGUCAAGGGUAUCAUUUACUAUGUCACAACCUCCUCCAAGUUGGAGGAGUGGCUGGCGAAUGAGACAAUGCAGGAAGGAUUGCGUCUGUGUGCAGACCGGAACUACGUUGACGUGGACCCAACUUUUAACCCAAACAUUGAUGAGGACUAUGACCACCGGCUGGCAGGCAUAUCUCGGGAGAGCUUCUGUGUGAUUUACCUCAGCUGGAUAGAGUACUGCUCUUCCCGGAGAGCAAAGCCACUUGAUGUAGAUAAAGAUUCAUCUCUGGUGACUCUUUGUUAUGGACUCUGUGUUCUGGGACGAAGAGCUUUGGGAACAGCCUCCCACCAUAUGUCCAGUAACCUGGAGUCCUUCCUCUAUGGAUUGCAUGCCCUGUUUAAAGGGGACUUCCGGAUUUCUUCAGUCCGAGACGAGUGGAUCUUCGCUGACAUGGAGCUGCUGAGGAAAGUCGUGGUGCCUGGAAUCCGUAUGUCCAUUAAACUCCACCAGGAUCAUUUCACAUCCCCAGAUGAGUAUGACGACCCCACUGUGCUCUACGAAGCCAUCGUCUCUCACGAGAAGAACCUUGUGAUAGCCCACGAAGGCGACCCUGCGUGGCGGAGUGCAGUCCUUGCCAACUCUCCCUCCUUGUUGGCUCUGCGGCAUGUCAUGGAUGACGGCACCAACGAGUACAAGAUCAUCAUGCUCAACCGGCGCUACCUGAGCUUCAGGGUCAUCAAGGUGAACAAGGAAUGUGUCCGAGGGCUCUGGGCAGGACAGCAACAGGAGCUCGUUUUUCUCCGGAACCGGAACCCAGAGAGAGGCAGCAUCCAGAAUGCCAAGCAGGCACUGCGAAACAUGAUAAACUCGUCUUGUGAUCAGCCUAUUGGCUACCCGAUCUUCGUGUCGCCCCUCACAACGUCUUACUCUGACAGCCAUGACCAACUCAAAGAAAUUCUUGGGGGACCAAUCAGCUUGGGAAACAUCCGGAACUUCAUAGUGUCCACCUGGCACAGGCUAAGGAAAGGCUGUGGAGCUGGCUGUAACAGUGGUGGCAAUAUUGAAGAUUCUGACACUGGAGGUGGGACUUCCUGUCCUGGUAACAGUGCAGUCACUGCCAGUGAUCCCCACAACAAUGUGUCCCAAGGAAGCACUGGACACCCGGGACAGGGAGCAGGAUCCGGACUCCACCCGCCCACCACAUCGUAUCCUCCAACACUAGGCACCAGCCACAGUGCCCACUCGGUACAGUCCAGUCUGGUCAGACAGUCACCGGCACGCGCCUCCAUGGCCAGCCAGUCUUCCUACUGCUACAGCAGCCGCCAUUCAUCCCUCCGCAUGUCCACCACGGGCUUUGUGCCCUGCCGGCGCUCCUCCACCAGCCAGAUAUCUCUUCGGAACUUGCCAUCAUCCAUCCAGUCCCGCCUCUCCAUGGUGAACCAGAUGGAAGCUGCCAGCCAGGGGGGCAUGGGCUGUGUGCAGCACGGCCUGCCCUCCUCCAGCAGCUCCAGCCAGAGCAUCCCGGCCUGCAAGCAUCACACCCUCGUAGCCUUCCUGGGGGCAGAGGGCGGUCAGGGCAGUGCCACAGAGGCCCAGCCAGGCAACACCUCAAGUCCUGCCAACAUUUCCCAUGCCAGAAAGGGGGAAGUGAUUUACAGAGUCCAGAUUGUGGAUCUCAGUCAGAUUCUGGAAGGAAUCAACGUGUCAAAGAGGAAGGAGCUGCACUGGCCUGAUGAAGGAAUUCGGUUAAAAGCUGGGAGGAACAGCUGGAAAGACUGGAGUCCACAGGAGGGCAUGGAAGGCCAUGUGGUUCACCGAUGGGUGCCUUGCAGCAGAGACCCAAGUACAAGGUCCCACAUCGACAAGACAGUGCUUCUCGUUCAGAUCGAUGAUAAAUACGUGACUAUAAUUGAAACCGGGGUACUAGAACUGGGGGCCGAAGUGUGAGCCUGCGCUGCAUACCUGGGUUCCUUUCUCUGGCUUCCCAGCCCUCGGAGAGAAAGCAAGGUUGCAGAAGAGCCACCUGUGGGGACCGACCGCCUGCCCUUCGCAGCAAAGACUUGACCAGUGGCUUGGUUAAGCUCCUCUCCACCCUGACUCCUGUCACUGUCUUCAUCCCCAAAUAAAGCUGAAAUAUUUUUUUAAGUUAGCUGCAUGAAAGGCAAACUCUGUUGGAGCCUCUCGAUGGAAGGCGCUCUAUGCAUUUAUGCUUUAACCCAUGGACUCUUGUCUCUAACUCUAAACUCAUAUUUUUCUAAUUUCUUUGCCAAAAACAGUUGCCAUGGUUUUUGUUGUAGAAGAUGAAAUCCAUUGACCAUGAUUUUUGCAAACAGACCUAUGUGGAAGCAUUUGGUUCGACAUAUAACAGUAUAAAGAUUUAAUGUACAGUGAGAAAGAUGAUGACUAGACAUAGGUUUAUCUUAUUCCUUGAACACUAAAAACUUUAAUGAAAAAAACUGCACUAAUUUUUUACAGUGAUGCACUAAAUCUGAGAUUUCUCAGAACAUUUAUUUAUAUAUAAAAAUAAAAUACCAUUAUUUAAAUUGCCUUCAGGACUAGCCCCUCCCUUUCCUGACACACAGGCAGCAGAACCCGCUGCUCCUAUCCGUCAGUGCGCUGGACUCCGGGACACAGCUUCACCCCUCCCCUUUCCCAGGGCUGGUGACCAGCAGGUAUGCCUGGCGAAGGCCAGCACCAGCUGCCCUGUCACGGCUCCCGUGUGCCACGCUUCUCCGGCCGGUGGCAGGUCCUGUCGAGGUUGCUUCUGGAACAUGCUUUUGCUUUUCAAGAAGAAUAUGAAGGCCCAGGAAUUUAAGAAAGGAUCAUUUGCCUCUUAUUUGAAGAGUUCCUAGCUCUUGCCGUUACUCACAUGAAGUUCAGUUUCACGAGUAAAGUUUUUUCAAACAGACUUGUCUAUGUGGCUCUGUUCUUGACCUGCCAUCAACGGCAGCUCUGCACUCUGCUUCCUUCCCCUUUUUUCUCUAUUACUUGAAUUUAUUUCCUGUAAUUUAUAGUGUAUAUCUGUCUUGAAAAUAUUUAUGACUGUGAAAUUGACUUAGUUCAUAUAUUGUCCCAUAAAUUAUAUUGGUUUUGUUUAAAGAGCAUGUAUUCAGGAAAAUAUGUACCUUGGAUUUACAGUGUGGCUGCGUGCAAUCUGCACUUUAGGGUUCAUUUGCAACUUUAAGCAUUUUCAAAUUUGUUUUAAACUCCAAAGAAAGUAGCCCCCACCCCCCCUCUGAGCACCUGGGGCAGCCGUCUUUCUCCCCUGGACAGACAGUAGAAAACAGUAGGUCAUUUUGAUGUCCCUUACUCUUGUCAAAGCUGUGACCAUUCCAGUGUGUGGCACUGGCCAGCUUAGUAGCUUCUGUGUUAGGCCACCCUGGUAUGGUAUCUUCUGAGAUGAGAGGAGAAAGCUGCUGAGGAUAUGGGUAUCAGGGUGUGUCCAGACACUACAGGAAACAGCUAACAGCAGGCGAGAGGAUCUCUCUCCACAUGGCUUCAAACCCUGUUUGUGUUUCCUUUUGUUAUUUUAAAGUCGGUGUUCAGAACCCAAUGUGCCUUGUAUUGACGUUUCCAUAGACUUCAAACUUUGCAGACUUUAUCCUUUAAAAAUAUUUGUCAAAAGACUUACUGAAUCUUUACAAUAGAGCCCUUUCUCUUUGUAAACUGAAAACUGUAAAGGGUAUUUCCCCACUCUUACUCUAUUCCCUCCCGUCUCUUACUUGGGCAGUUCUGCUCUGUCUGUAUUUAAAGCUUCCUUCCCAAAGGACUUGAGCUCCCUGCUGCUUGCUUGUUCCCUGCUCUCGGUGAGUCUGCCUUUGUCACGUUGGUUCCUAGGUGACAAAAGAUGGAAGACCAUCCAUUUGCCAGAGGAAGAAUCAGAAGAUAAUCUUUGGAUGACUUACUUGGUCAAAGGGUCGGCGUUCUAUCUAUGCUUGCUCUCCCUGAUAGUUGUUAGAUGCUAUAUGCUCUAAAAGUGAAAUUCCAUAUGUAAGGCGGGUUCUGGAUGGAACAUGUAUAUCAAGUCUUAAUUUGGGAGAGUUGGACACUUUCCUUAAAACAAGUUAUUGUUUGUUACCAUAUAAUUUUAUUAAAUUUGUAAGUUAGGAAGCCUAAGAGAAGUCUUGUUUUUAGUUUUUUAAUCUAAAACCAAUGACCUUAAGAAAAAAAAGUACUACUUUUCUAACUACAGCAGGAAAGAUAAAGAUUUGUGUUUUAAAAUUAAAUUUAUUAUAAUUUGUUUUUCUUCAAGUACCCUAGUGAUUUAGGUUUUCUGCUUAGCCUUUUUCAUUAAAAUGCAGAACUCUGGCAUCUUUUAGUCCUUUUAGUCCAUAAUUACUAAAACUUCAGAGAUCCAUAGUUUUGCAAGUAGUUAAAAACAACUUUGUAUCUCCUUAGAUGCAGCUGCAUAAUUGAAGUCUCUGUUCUUCUUCUUUGAAUUUCUCCUUUAUCUUGCCCCAUUUUAGAAGGACAAUCCUGGAAUGGCUUUGUCUUCAUCUUCAGUAAUUAAAAAACAACAACCUAUUUGUACCCCAAACUAAGCUUUUAGUGACUCUUGAGCCCAUAUCUUGGUGGGAACCCCCUUUGUACACCCUUUUCCAGUGGACUUUUUUGCCAACAGGCUUUCCUUUGUCCAUGGAUCUAGAUUAACAGGCAGUGGUGCUGCUGGUGGAACUUGGGAGGGUAGAGGUGAGGCCUGUGGAAGCUUUACAGAGAAACAGUCGUUGCUUUUUAGGCGGCCAGUGAAGAGCUGUGCAGUGACUUCUCUCUGUUUCCAUCAGCAGGGGAGAAAACACCUCCAUCAGAUUGCAGGUGUUUUGAAUUUUUUUUUCAAGUAUAUUGAUAAUACUUCAGGUUCUUGAACCAGAAGAUAAGAGACAAUAUAUUUCUCUCUUGAAAGGCACAUAAAGAAUUCUCUGGGUACCGAAUGUCAAGCGAUGUGCAUGUAAAUUCUUACAGAGGAAACCAAAGCUCUCACUGAGAACUCUUUCUGGAUUCGUUUAUUUUAUUUUUCUAUCUCCUCUCAAAAUAUAAAAUACAGCCUCAUAUUUGAGCAAGAGUCACACUGCCUCUUUACACUCUACAUAGUUUCCUACCAGCAUCCUCUUGCCUCAGCCUAGAACCUACCCUAUGAGGGUGUCCUGCAUCAGUCAUCAAAUUCUGGGUCUCUAGUGUUUGCCCAGUGUCUAAAAUCAUCUCUUUUUUAGGUAAAUUUAAGUCAUCCUUUGUUCUGAAUAUAUGACUUGAAAAAAAUAGUAAUCUGAAGUUGUGUUUCCUAGCUACUGAGGUAUAAACUGUUGUCUGGUAUAUUCAUUGCUUUCAUAUUUAAAGUGUUUUUUCAUUAGUAUAAGCAAAUUUAUUUCUGUAUUUUUGCCUUUAAGUCCUUAGUAUUCUUUCUCAUCUCUCUUUGGUAGCUACAUAAAGUUACUUUGAGCACGGGCCCACUGAACUUUUCCACGGGAGAUGAUCCAUCUCUCCUAGAGGCGUUUUCUUAACUGCAAGGUGAACGGAGACUAUCAGUUAAAGCUUUAAGUGGCGCAUGCCUGUUGCUGGCCCACCCUUGAACUUUGUGUUUCAGGUUUAGAUGGCUGCUGAGAUUUACUGAGGGGGCAAAGGAGAUAUAGUAGAUACUGCAGUGUAUUUAGGUGAUAAGAAUUUUAUACAUAGGCAUUUUUUUAAAGUAUUUGAAGACCACCAGCCGUUUUCUUGGUUUCUCUUUUCAAAUUAAUCUAGUUGAUGAACACCCAGGCAGCCUCAUUUGGAAGUUGUCACCUGUUCACAAGCUCUGAUCAGAAAGGAAUUGCUUAUCAAACAGGUCUGGAAAGAUCUAACCUUGCUUGAAGGCAGAGGUCUCUCUUCUGUGGUGCAUCACCUCCCAGAGUCAUCUGUCCAGAGCUGUAUGGUGAGAAUUUCUCUGGUCUUUCUGAAUUGGGGCAGAAGUUCAUCUGUAAGCUGAGCAUCCCGGCGUGCCAUUUUGUAGACUCGGCAUCGAGGUGUCCGGGGCCUGAAGCAGAUGGUCACACAGGGUUCCACUCAGCUGUACGUCACUCUUAUACCUAUUAUAUAGGCUUGGCCUUUUCUCAGCCUUCAGCUUUGUACGUGACCCGUUGUGGUUCGUGGGAACCAACGGGAGGGAGGGCGGCUCUAACAGAUGUUGAGGGUGAAUCUGUCACCUGCACUGUAGAGGAUGUGGCUGCUCCAGGUGACUCUUGGGUUAGGUGUGCUUGUUACUGAACAAAAUCCUUUUCAUCCUAAGCUUGAGUCUGCAACCAAAACGAUAGGAAUGGGACGGCUCUAUUUGGCUGUGCUUUCUUAAAACUGUAGUUUGAGUAAAUUAUCGACAUGGAUGAUGCUAGCCUGUACAAGCCUGGCAUCACGUUCUGCCUGAGGAAAAGGAAAAAGGAAUGUUAGAAAUGGUUGUGGGCGAGCGUGCCUGUGGAAGGAGCAUGGCUUUCCCUUUUCUUCUCGUGGGCUCUGAAAGGGCAUUGCCUCUACCAGCAUUCAGUCUACACCAGAGAUGAGGAUAUGUGUCCAUGCGCGUUGUCUGUGAGUGUGCGUGCGAGUGUUAAUGCAAACAGCUUGUAAAUACUAUAGUUGUUUAAAAUGGAAAAUAAAAGCUGAGAAGUCUUUUGACAUAUAUUGAUCAGAAAAAAAUACAGUAUUGACCGUGGAUAAAAACAGGAAAUAAAUUUUUUUUCAUUUUGCCUUC